CUGAAAGGCGGUGGUCGAAGGAGUGAUUGAAAUCAUUGCAGCUCUCCUUUUUUCUAGUCAGUUAAGCUGUUUAGGUAUUGCAAGGCAGAGCGCCCUGUUUAUAUAUUUGCUAUUAAAGAGGAACACUUUCAUUGACUGAACAACCGCAUGGAUAAGGAGUUAUGAUACCAAGUUUAGGGUCAAAAAGGAAAGAUAAUCAAUCCAGGAUGGAUAGAAACACUGGAGACUUGCCACAGCUGAGCAAUGAGAUGCAGCUGAACAUCAUGAACAGGGUAAAGAGGGGAGAGUUAUCCAUAGAGGAUGCUCUGAACCAGGCCAGGAAGGACAGGGAGCAGCUGCUCAAACAACAGAGCCUGGCUGAAGAGUUGCAGGAACAGAAACCCUCACAGUACAACUUCAGCGUUCACAAGCACGGCCGCUACAGGUGGCAGAAGCGGGUUCUUCAGGUUGAUUCUAAGACCAAACUGCUGUGCAGCAUAGAGAAGGGCAUCGUCAAGCGGCAACUUCCCUUCUCUAUUGUCAAGAGUUGUGAUGAUGGAGUGGGUUCAAGGUUCUCCAUUUCCUUUAAAGGACACCAUGACUACGAACUGGAGGCAACAUCACUGGAGGACAAACAUAAGAUCAUGCAGCUUGUGAAUCAGAUAAUUUAUGGGAACAUUUACAGCAGUGCUGAAGAGCACAAUGAAGAAACCCUCCAGCUGCCUCAAGCAUCACAGAGCCUUCGGGAAGGGGUCUUGUUACUGCACCGAGGCGGCCUCGCAUCAUUCAAAUGGGUGAAGUAUGAGGUCCAGCUCCACCCGGGCCAACUAACGCUGAUGCCCUUCAAGCGGCGAUGCCCUGCUGAUGGCGAGAUGACAUCCUGGGUGCCAGCGUCCAUUACCAUUCACCUGUCAGAUGGCAACACCAGUGUGCAGAAACCUCAUGGCCCCGACACUUUCACUCUGAUCACCCACAAAAAUAAUUAUCAGUUCAGGGUACCUACACCAGAUCAAACAGCUUCCCCAGGCGCUGUCCAGAAGGAGCGGGAUGCUUGGGUCCAAGCCAUUCACAAACUGUGUUCUGACUGGAAGAGAAAGUCCUUCCGACAUCUCAGCAUACCUGAAGACUCAGAGGACAACGAUACAGAUCUUGAGUCAAGUGGCGGAUUCGGUGCUGGAAGUAGCAUUUAUCCUCCAGUUGACUAUGAAAAUGCAGACCCCACAUCCAAUGGUGGAGGUGAUUUAUCAGCAGGUAAUGGGAGUCAAACUUGUCCCUCAGCUGACUAUACAAAACCUUUUCCUAAACCUCGCCGUGCUAGGAAGACUUCUGAUCAAGACACUGGACCGGAUGUUUUGCCUGCCAUCCCAUCACCAACCUCUCCCCAUGCUACUACCCUGGUAUCACCCACCUCCCCUCCAGCCUCACCCUGCCAUGCUGGCCUCACAUCCUCAUCCACAGUCCCAGAGUCUCUUACCCAUGAAUCAGGCUGUCUGGUCAUAAAAAAGCCUUCACUCCCAAGUAUCCCACCUCCCCCACCUUUACCCCUGAAAUUAAAGAUAAACCCAAGAAAAACACGCACCAAGGCUUUCCACUGGGACACUGUUGGCUCAGAGAAGAUUGCAAAAUCAUUUUGGAUACAGGAAAACACCGGGAGGAUUGAAGUCGACACAUCGCGCUUAUACGAGCAAUUUGCUGUUAAAGAUCUGGGGACGUUUGAAGCAGCUGAGCCGAGUAAUACCCAGCAUAUUAUGCUCAGCCAGAAGAUUGCACACAACUUCAACAUUUUCCUCAAAAGUUUUCCAGUGCAACCAGGAGACCUGAAGGACAAACUGUUUGUCAUUAAUGAGGAAGAUGGAGGCCUGUCUGAUGAGCACAUCACCUCUCUGAGGAGGUACGUCCCCACCGUGGAUGACGUGGAAAUGUACAAAUCCCACAAGGGACCUGUGACAGAACUGCAUGUUGUGGAUCAGUACAUGAUGGAGAUGUGCAACAUCCCCUACCUGAGCACACAACUGGACCUGCUGCUGACUCUGAGAGAGCUUCCCACCAGCAUGAAAGACCUGCAGCCUCUGAUUAAUCAGAAGAUCAGAAUGUGCAGGCAGCUGUACAACUCCAGGUCAUUUGUUUCCGUGCUGGAGUACAUCCUCGCCAUUGGCAAUUACCUCAACGAGAACGCCGGAAAGGAAAAGGCCAAGGGAUUCCGGCUCUCCUCCUUAACAAAACUCUCCCAGCUCCGCGGGAGAGACAAGAAGUUCACCUUGCUCCAUGCCCUUGUGGAGCAGAUCAUGUUGCAUGAACCGUGCUUGGCCUCUUUUACCCAAGAGUUGGCAGAAUUUGAAACUGUCCCUGGAGCUUCCAUCAAAGGCUUGACCGCAGAGGUAGAUGUCCUGAAGAAUGAGCUGCAGAAAGUCAUUCAGUACAGAAAAAACUCCAAGAAGAGAAACCCUGGAGCUCAUCACCUGAACUUCUGCAAAGACCUGAAGACUGCUAUUGAAAAAUACAACGCAGAUCUCUCAGCACUGACGAAGACGUGUGAGGAGAUGAAGAAACUCUACUCUGUCAUACUGGUUAAAUUUGGAGAACCAGCAGACCAAGACUCUCAGGAGCUCUUUGGGCUGAUCUGUCAGUUCAUCCACGACUUCAAGAGGGCUCAUGCUGAAACUGUAUGAUACUGGACAGAAUACGUAUUAGCGGCCACUGACACUGCUGUUUUAUGAUGUUUGUAAAAUAAAAUAAAAACGGAUCCCAUCUUUUUAUUCACAACUCAAAUGAUUUAGAUACAAAAAUUUACUGUGGGAUGUAGUAUAAUUCAUAUUUCAGUGAAUAAAGAUGAUAGUAAUGGAGGAAUAAGAUUAUAUGAUCUUUUUUGGUAUUGUUUUAAUUGCCUGCAUUGUUGUACAGACAUUUUAUUUUAUAAUGGGCAAACUGUAUUGUGAUCAUGUUCCUGAAUGACAGGCUGACGAUGUCAGUGGAAAUCAAUUGUGUGAAAAUAAAACUGAUCAACAUCCCGCGA